AUGAGCASUCUUUCACAUUUGAUCAUCUCCAUUCAGCCAAGAGGUCGCCUCAACAAACUAAAAGAUGCUGUGCCACWCMUUCUCUUGCRUCUUCUCAAGUCAAUACGAACMAUAACCCUGCAAAUAUUUACACAUGGARGCCUUGACAUUUUCGAUUCUCCUGACUAUCGAGUGAUUUGGAGACUGAUUGACAAYGACACUGCACUGUUGGUACCAAUCACAGAGAAACCCAAUGAUGGAAAUGCGAUCGGAUCUUUUUGGUGCUUUAGUAAGUCAAWGCCACRUGGGAAGAACUUCACCUCCAACCAACUYYAMCUCAGAGACYUKCUGAAAGAGAAAUCUAUAGUKCAGAUGUCCAGACUUGCAAAAGGCACGUUGGUUCGAUAUCUUACCGCCAUGGGUAUACAAGCUGACACACCACGAAUGACCAAUCUCCAGUUAGCAAUGACACUAUCUAAAGYGUUA